UGUGUAUAAGUGUAUUUUUUAUAUGUAUAUAAAAUUAUAUAGUGUAUAGUGUAUAAACACGCAUUUUGAUGCCACAUUAGAUGGGAUUAUUCCAAAGACUCUUUUAUAUCGAGCAUGGCAUCACAAUUAUCCAUAAAUUCCCAAGAAACAUACCUUGAAAUACCACUCGACGAUGAGAAUUACGAGUUUAUGUGCGGUCAUGUAAUCAAUGGAAGAAAUUUGUUACCCGCGAUGGGUUAUCUUGUAUUUGUUUGGCAAACUAUCGGCAUGAGAAAGGGGGAAGUGUACACAACAGUACCAAUAAUAUUUCAAGAUGUACGAUUUAUUCGUGCUACUCAUUUGUCCAAAAAGAAUGCUGUAAACUUGAAGAUCGCGAUACUGAAAGAUGGAAAGUUUGAAAUAACCGAAGGAGAUAGCGUUGUAGUGACAGGUACAGUGCAAGACACAUCGAACCCAGAACAGGAGAUGGUUCGGAGAGAUCUGUUAUUACCGGAGAUUAACGAUGAGGAAGAACUUAUGACUGAGCAGGAUAUCUAUAAGGAGUUGAGACUGCGCGGUUAUCAGUACAGCGGCUGGUUCCGUGGAAUACACAGUGCGUCUAUUUCAGGCAACAAAGGACAUAUCUUUUGGAGGAAAAAUUGGGUAGCGUUUAUGGAUGCUAUGCUACAUAUGUUCAUUAUCGCAAACGAUAACAGAGAACUGUUUAUUCCGACAAGUCUUCAGAAAUUGGUGAUUAACCCUAAGCUUCAUUCGAAGAUACAAAAGAGUACGAUUGGCACGGAAGAUACUAAAAAUAUGGAUCAACUAAUACCAGUACGAGUAUAUAAGGAAAUAGACACAAUUAUAUCUGGCGGAAUAGAGAUACGAGGUCUUAAAACAACUCAGAUUUCUCGUCGAAAAUUAGCUCAAGAUACUGUUAUCGAGGAGUACGCAUUUGUAGCUCAUCAUGAUCGCGCCAACAUUUCUUUAGACGAAGCCAUUCGGAUAUCGGCACAACUCGCACUGGAAGAUCAUCUAAUUACCAAAGUGAAAGUCAUCGAGUUGGUGGAAGAUGUCGACGACGUCGAAUUAGAAUAUCUCUCAUCUUCGUUGCUAAUUGACGCUUUUGGUGAUGAGCCAUUGAUACAAACAAACAUCACUUUAUUAACAUCACCGAAUCGUUUUAGUCCAGCAGACUUGCCGCAGAACAUUUUACUUGGAGAACUAAAUCAAUCAUUUGUAGACGAUAAAGUCCUAAUAGUUGCCGGAUUCAACCUUUUGACCAAACAACAAGCUUUGUUAGAACGACUUUU